AUGGGUUGCGCGUGGUUAAUGUGUUUUGUGGUUUUUAUGGUUAAUUUUUGUAAAAUUGAAACUUUGGAACUCAAUCAUCAGAAUGUUGGUCAAGAAAAUCUUGCUAGUGAAAUUUCUUCGAUGAAGACUACAAUGAAAGUGUUGUCAGAUCAAUGGGAAAAAUGGAACACCCUUUUUAUUACAUCAUUAGAACCCCGAAUAACAUCUACAGCAUCUACGCUAACCAGCAUAGACACAAAUAUCCAUAAUUUACAGGAACGUGCUCACGUAUGGGAUACAUUUCAACUUCACGUAGCUGCUUGGAACGAUCAACUGGCAUCUAUGGACAGGAAAAUUGAUAUUCUAAACAAGGGCAUAGAACAGUUAACAGUCUUAGACAACAAAAUGAAUACAAUGUUAUCAGAGCAAUACAAGCAAGACAAAUUGAUAAAAAUGACAAAUUCCUUGCUGGACACUGUAAUUAACAUUGAAACUUCCAUCAAGUCCAACCAAUGUUGCAAAUCGGCACAAAAUACUUUAUUUGAGGAAUUUGCUGCCCGCGGAAUAUUGAGUUCACUUAAGCUUGUCGAGCGAAAAGUUGAUCAACUUUUAAGCAGUAGACAAAGCGAUAAAUCAAAAUUAGCAGUAAAUGAAGACACUAUUGCUAAAUAUGCCAUAUCUAAGUCAACAGAAAAUUUGAUUAAUGAUAUAUCAUCUAAAGUUGAUAUUAUUUUUGAUUCAAUUUCGAAAACAAUUGAAAAUGAUUAUACAGAUGAAUACAUUGAUGCCGAAGGUAGUGGUAGUAAUCAUUUACCUAAAUCGCAUAAGCCUACAUGCAAAUCUAUAAGCGAUAAAAUUACUAAUAUAGAUACAAAAAUAGCAGAUUUAAUUGUAGCUUCCAGAACUUCAAAAAACGCAGUAAACAGCGAGGAUUUAUUAGUUAUGCUAAAUCAAUUCGCCAAAGCAGUCAGCGUCAAUCAAACCAGAAACAUGAAUAUACUUUUGGAUAGUUAUUUUCAUAAAGAUAAAGUCUAUUGGUCUUCAACGCUUAAUACUUUGAGCCAAAAAUGUUUUCUUAAAAAAUCUACGUCGACUGUAGAAGACUCUACAAUAACUACUCCGACUGAAAGUAGCAGUGGUACUGAGAGUGUUCGUGCUACCAAUGAUUAUAGGCAACAAUAUACAACUGUGAUUAAUAAAAUUGACAACCCACCACUUAAAACAAUAAAUGGUACUUCUUGUAGUGACAUGGAUAAUGAUGGUCCCAGUGGUCUUUAUUUAAUUAAACCCAGUUAUUUGCAGCUAUUUUGCGAAUCAAGAAACAAUAUUUUCUGGACUGUCAUACAGCGUAGAGACAAUUAUUCAACUCAGCAAAACUUCAACGAAUCUUGGAACAAUUACAAGUACGGAUUUGGCGAUUUACGACACGACUUUUGGAUUGGCAACAGAUUCUUGUCGAGAUUAUCCAACAGUAAUAAUUUAACAUUGAGAAUCGAAAUGGAAGAUUUUGAUGGUAACAAUGUAUGGGCAGAAUACAGUACCUUUAAAAUUGCUAAUGAAAAUCAGCAUUUUCAAUUGACAAUUGCAGGUUACAGUGGCAAUGCCUCUGAUUCAUUUUCAAGUCAUAGUGGCGCGUAUUUUAGCACUUAUGACGUGAAAAAUGACUAUGCUCCGGAUUGUUGUCCUUGUUCUGUGUCUUAUGGUGGAGGAUGGUGGUUCAACAGGUGUUUUGAGUCAAAUCUCAAUGGAGUUUAUUACAAAAAACCUCACGAAAAUGACUACUUUAGAGGAAUAAUUUGGGAGCACUGGCUGGGAAAUUAUUCAUUGAAGAAAUCUUUGAUGAUGGUUAGAACUUCAGGAUCUAGUCAAGUUUCUAGCACAAAGGUGACUAGAUUUGAAGAUCCUUAA